ACGCAUUUCCGGAUAGAAUUUGCGCUCAGUCGGAUCAGACGAGGCGGUUCUCGGCCAGUGCCGCAGGUGCGGCGGGCAUGAGAACACAGACGUCGUACGCACGCCCAAGAGAGAGAAACAAGGAAAGAAACAAGGAGACCAAUCUUGGAAGGCUUUAUAAGUCCGGAGUUCGUCGUCGAGGCUUGAUACGUGUGCAGUGGCUUGUGGAUGGAAUCGCUUCUGGUGUUGAUGGCAUGGGGGCGAACGAAUGAAUACGAUACGUGGUGAAAUAAAUUGCGAGUGGCUCUUACUGUCCACUGUUGAGGCCCCGACCACAAGAGCAUGAUCGUCAGAGAAAGAGAGUUUGCUGCUGUAGCAAGAAACUGUAGAGGGGUCAGCAUGCCAACCACUGGUGGGUGCCUACAAGUCAGUCGAUUGAUCCGAGGCCGGAUGAUCACGAUAAAAACUCUGUUGUCUUCAAACGUGCCUAGACUCGCGAAAAUUGGGGAGUAGAAAGCUCAUGGAGAGUAUAGCGUGGCAUUUUUUCAUGUGGACGCUGGAUUUGAGGGGUGGCAUUCUCGCAGCGGAUGGUUCUCCCCGGCCUACGUCCUCGUCUAAAGACGCUGACGCGCUGCAAAUGAAUUGGAGCGCUCGCGCCUUUGACAGGUUCGGGCGAACGAUGCUCGAUGCAGCGCAAGGAUUACAGAGAUGGGACGGCUCGUCGAUCUCCGGUCUAGCUCCUCUGCGCUGCUGUUGCUGGUUUUCUGAGAGUAGUCACUCUGAUGUUGCCCAAUUCUCUUGAUCAUACCGAACUGAAGUCGCAGACAUUGAGAGCUCGGGUCGCCAAAACUGGCGGCUGAUCCGUACAAGCUAUUCAUGCAUCUGUGGAUCGGUCUUGCUAGAUACUCCAUCGAGUCCACAUGCUCUGUCUGUCCUUCGUACGAGUCGGACUGUGGCAGUAUGGUGUGUGGAGCCAAGUUCGGUGGUCGAAACGCGAAAUUCGGUGAACAAUGUUCGAAUAUGAUUAAGUACCCGGGUGCAGAAGCUCUGUAGUGGACUGAAAUGUAGUGUAAGUGAUGGCCGGGAGCCUUUACGAAGCCGACUGGAACACUGGAGCACCGAGAUGCGAGCUCAAGUGGAGGGUCGGCAGCUUACGCUGGUUUUAGACUGUGAAAGGAGAAUAACUCGGGGCAGAUGAUACGAAGAAUUAUUCGACGUCCUCAUGGAAACUCUAGCGUCAGCUAUCGCUGCUAUACCUCCAGCGUCGCACAUCAUCAAGCAUCUCUAUUUGAGAAGCAGAUUGCCUCGGAGGGCUGGGGAUGUUACGGUCUGCACCCAUUGCUCCCUUGACAGGUUGGAGAGGCUUGAAGCUCAAACCAAAUGCUGGAGUGGGGUGAUAUGCGCUGCUGUGAUGGUUCCCUGUCCCUGCUCCCCAGCUUCUAUUCGUCUUGCUGCAAAGCGGGUGCGCGCUUUACACGCAAAAGUGGAGGAUGGUCCUGGGCUUUGUCGACUAGACAUUGUUCUUGUUUGUCAUCGACGGAGGCGUACAUCAGUUGUUUCCUGCGCGGACCCUUGGCAAUAUCCUAUUAACGCUUUGCGAAAUGUAGCGCUACGCUUUGCCGCAACAGAGCUGGUUUUACUCCUUGACGUGGAUCUACUUCCAGGUCUUGGUAUACAGGAGGAGCUUUGGAAUCAUGAUGUGUAUGCUGGAUAUCAUCGAGCAUGCACUGAACUGAGAAGGGUUAUUGUUCUACCUGCGUUACAACAGGUUUCUCCUUCAAGAGAAUCAUCUCCUAUAAGGCAUGAAAUUCAGGCCGGGCUUAGCAUUGUUUCUUCCGGAAAGGCCCACGUAGUGAAAAUGUGGGAGCAAGGAACUGUGAGAGUUUUUGCUUCACAUGUAUACCCACUGGGUCAUGGAUCAACAGAUACUGAGCGAUGGCUUUCAUCAGUUGCAAUGUAUCAGGUCCAAUACAAGGAUGGAUAUGAACCUUAUCUGCUCUGUGCUCGUCGUUUGGUGCCAUGGUAUGAUGAGCGCUUCAUCGGCUACGGAAGGAACAAGGUCAUACAUGCUUUUCAUGUAGCGAGCUUGGAUUUCAGGUUUUGGGUACAUCCUGACUGGUUUGUGGUGCAUGUGGAUCAUCCACUGUCCCCAGCCUGGAUCAAAACUUUGGGUCCUGAUCCUCGUGCCAGCCAGCGACUUCGGGAUGUGAAAUCACUGUAUGAUGCUGUGAAAUCUGAGCUUGUUUCGCGAGCGACGCACACAGGAAUUUGCCUCUCUCCUGGAAUAUGCGCUUGGGAUGUACCCUCUCCAAGAUCUUCAAGAAUACGUCACAGUCUUCCUCCCUACUUGUGGUCCAAAGCAACACACCGGACUAUGAGAGAGGAGAAAAUGGGGCAUUGGAGCUGUGCUGAUAAGCCUCCGGAUACGCUUAUCAAGAGUAGUACUCCUGAGUACAUGGAGGCUUUACAUGACCUGCGUUACCACUACGGUACUUCAAAACUUCGUCCAGUUAGUGGCACUUGGCCAUUGCGAAGCAAAUUGCCCAGAAGAUCCAGAGAUAUCACACUUGUCACUGUUGCCACAUGGGACCGCCUCCAACGGCUGUCAGCACAGUGUCGUGUGUGGAAAGGGGUCAUAAGUGCUGCUAUAUUUGCUCCUCAUAACAUCGACGUCGAAGCUCUGAAGGCAGACGUACUAAGUUUACAUGACGAGGUUGAAAAGGCGAGGAGAUGUCGGCUGGAUAUUAUUCUUUUGGAAUCAGCUGUGGUCGAAAGGCGUUCUUGUUGCUGCCAGGUGCCAGGAGUUUUACCUAUGUGCAAUUGUACAACUAAACAGUACUCUACCAUUGAGCUCUGUCCCAUAAAUGCUUUGCGAAAUGCAGCCUUGGAACUCGCAAUCACAGACCUUGUGCUUCUGCUAGAUGUUGAUCUUCUGCCUGCUUCUUCUCUCAACGAGUGCUCAGACGAUGAACAGCAGUACAAGUGUCUUUGGAGAAUGGCGUCUGAAGAGAAAACUGCCAUGGUUGUUCCCAGCUUUCAGUUUUCAUGGAAGAAGUUUACGACCUCAACAAAUCUACCGCUUACACAAUCUACAGAUGUAGAUAUCUCAGAUGAUGAGAUCGGAAGUUAUCUACCAAGUGUAGCCAGAGACUCCUUCUCAGAGUACGACGAAGAGGAGUUGCAGAGACAGGGUAGAUCUCUUGCUAGUCUUCGUCAACAAGCUGCUGUGAUAUCUCGUGCAGAGAGAAUAGCAGAACAAGGUGUCGAUGCUAUCCGGAAGGGAUUGGCAGACGGUUGGGUCUGUGGUUUCCAUUUGAAACAUUAUCCCUGUGGCCAUGGACCGACAGAUUUCGAUCGCUGGAGGGAAGUAUCUCAAGCAGAUGCAAAGAUGACCAUAUGUUGCGCUGUCUGCCGGUCAUAUCCUGUCCCGUAUGAAGAAGGUUUCGAACCAUUUGUCAUCUGCUCAAGAGAAUCAAUACCCAGAUUCGAUGAGCGGUUUAGAGGAUAUGGCUAUGAUAAGGUUUCGUUUGUUCAUCAUCUACAUCUAUUAAGAUUUAAGUUUAGGGUGCUUUCGCACACAUAUUCCUUAAACAUCCCCCAUGCAAAGUCUUCGGACUGGAUGAAAACGUUCGGUCCAAGUGCAGACGUUCUACAGCACAUUCGAGUGAAGUCUUUGUAUCAGCGGUUCAAGCGUGAAUUGCAGCUGAAGACAAGCACCACUAUUUUCUUAAGCAAUACCGGGGACUUCUCCUCAUGGGAUUUGAGGGGUCCUGAGAACAGUUUCACGGAGUUGAGAUCAACAGGAGACCAGCAAAUUUUCAAAAGUUUAGUGUGCGCCGGAGGAAAGUAUAGCAAGCCUGUGGUCGAGGGCUUGCAUCUUGGGUGGCAAGGAACCAUCAACCCUCUUUCAAGUGGAAAACAUACCCCUCUAGUUGAACAUCUUGGAAAACACGGUUCAACAAAUCUUGAAGAGGAGGCCGAGAUCAGAGCGGCAAAUGAUUCAAAAGAAGUUUCUAAACCAGAUGUCUUGCAUCAGAGAAAGAUUCCUACUUGUAAAGAUUACGACACAGAUGAACCUCCCAGGAGGAAGGCAGAAACCAAAGGUGAAAAAGUUGUGGGCUGUUACAGUCUGAGCCUUGGGUUUUGUGCCGAUUUGAAAGAACGUUGGGUGGAUGGGAAAAAAAGAAAUCGAGAUUCUCCCCGAGUAAUAUGGAGGGAUUCCAUUCCACGUGAUCAAGGAGGAUCUUGCAGACAGGACGAAUUUCAAUGGGAUAAUUCGAAAUGGAAGUUGAAAGGUAGUGCGGACAGCUUGGGAAACUGCUCCGUAGUGAAACUACUGCUUAAGGACGGUGAAGUUGAAGGAGAAGAAUGUGAAGAUGGGGCACACCGGUUACGAGUGUCGAUGUCAGCCGGGUCAUGGAGUCCUCAGGCCUCUCGCGAGGCCGGAAUCACCACCGGAGGAAUCGCAGUUCGUUCGUUGCUUCCCGUUAGGGCUGUGAGGGAAGUAAUGAUGCGGUAUAUGGUAAGGUUCCCUAGCUCUUUUCAGUGGGUUAAAGGCGGAGCUCUUCCAGGACUCUGGGUCCAUGAUCUAAUACAGACUACUUUUGGAUGGCGUCGAGCUGGGAAAGGUCAGUUCUCGCCAGUCUUAAUCGGACCCGGACUCCCAGAGAAAACACCUCCGAAGAAUCUUCCAAAUAUGUCAAGGCCAUUCUACUUUGUGGCUGGUAGAUGGCAUGCCAUCCAAAUAGCAGUCUCUGUCACCGAUCACGGGCUUGAUUCUGAUUUAGAAGAAGAAUCCGAUUUUGAGGAUGCAGACGACGGGAAGGACGCUGACAGCAACCUGGAUGAAGAAGACACCACUAAAAGAGUUCCUUUUCCAUACACUCUUGAUUUUGAAAGUGUCAAACGUGGUGCAGUUCUUGAGAUAGAGGCGUCUGUUGAUUUCGAGCCUGUGUCCAAAGUCACAUACGCACCUUACGUAAGGAGGUUACCGAUCGAGAGCAGUUUCUGUCGUGAACGUGGAGCUCCUAUGGGUCUAAUUAUGUCUUGCUACUUCGGUGGAAAAACUCAAGACUGGGCAACACCAGUUGACACUCACAUUGAUUUCCGCCAGUUUCAAGUUUGGACUGAUUAAUGGUGAGAUCCAAGGGAAGGAGCAAAAAAGUGAUGGACGACACACUACUUCUAAAGAUGCAACAGUUGCAAGUUUUGUUUCAGUGCUGGUUGACAAAAGACUAUGGAGCAAGGCACAGGUAACGUCUAAGUCGCAGCAUGUCAGUCAAUUCUUCGACUAGCUGGGGUCUCGACCCUCAGAUUUCUUCAACCUGUCCAUUGGGGAAAAUGGCACCGAUCAGUUGGCGUUGAUUGAUCGUUUUUGUGAGAAAUGUCUCGGCGGAUUCUUAACCAAACCCCGGGGCUACAAGGGUUCAGUCUGAUUCCUGACCAGUUCCAUACAUUCCCCUCAUAAAUUUUUCUACAUACAUACCACUAGGGUAUAAGAGGCAAAUUAGUGAGUAUACAUAUCCAGAAUAUUCAUAGGCUUCCAACGGAAAGAGGUGUACUCACAAGGCUAUCUUGAGGUUCCGUUCCGACAGUUCUGUACCAUGUUACAAUGGUAGUAGGAAAAUUUACAUAUACAUGGUGACUGAUAGUUGCACCUUUUACUUUCAUUUUGAAGCAAUAACUUAGUCACCUAACCUAACUUCAUAUUUAGCUUAAGAAGUGGGUUGGACUUGGUCAGAUCCUCCCACUUGGGUAUGAUAGUUCUUCUCUUGAACAACUGUGUAGUUGCCCAAAUUUCUUUAAACCUAUAGUAGUUGAACUUUAUUGAAAACAAGCAGUUCCGGAGAAAUUCGGUCAGGGUGAGGUUAUAGCAGUGUCUGCCUGUGUACCGAGGCGCUCCUGUUCGAGCUUGCCUGAAAUAACUGAUUCCUGUAAAGAAGGAGCUUUGCUUUAUCUUGAGAGCAAGCCUAGAGAGCAUUUUGAUCAUUUACCGAUGUCCAUGCAAGCAUGGUUUCAGCUCAAUCGAGCUGAGUGUUAGUCACAACCAUAAACAAGGUUGACAUUUGCACUUCACACCC